ACCUCCGUCCCCGUAGGUCUCGACGCCGUAUCCGUCCUGCAGCCCGUUGCUCCAGGUGCCCUCGUAGCGGGCCGGCGUGCUGAGGCUCUGCCGCACCCCGUAGCGCCCCUUGAAGCCGUGGGACCACUCUCCGCGGUACAUCCACCUGCCCUUCGUCUCCACGCCCAGCCCGUGGCGCUUGCCCUGCGCCCAGUAGCCCAGUUUUCGGAGACACGGCUGCUGUCCGCGUUUGGAGGUGUUGUGCAGAGCUGGAGCUACUGUGUUGCCACCAACCCGAGUUAAGAUUUAAUUUAUGGGGACAAAUAGGCUUGUGCCUCUAUACUAAUUCGAAUUACUUUAUAUGGUAACACUUUAUCUUCUUAUGGUUUGAUUAUUUUUUUAAAAUGUAACCUAAGUUUCUAAUCUACCUAGACUACAAAAUGUUUAACACGAUUAUUGAAAUAAGCAUGUGUGCGUGUGUAUGAUGAAGUUGUUAAAAUGGAAGUCUUCAAUAUGCAAGUAAGCUUGCUACCAGUAAAUUUUGUUUUAUUUCAUCCUGUCAUGCUUGGAGUGAGUGUUGAAAGACGAACAGGCAAGCAUUGCUCAGCCAGAGGGGAGAAGCAUGUCAUACAGCCCCCAGAAUAGCAUCGGCAGUAAAUAUGGUCAUGCUGUUCUUCCCCGAGACAGACCCAGAUCACAUUUGUAGCACCCACCGGUUCUGCUGGUUACCAGACAUUCAGGGCCUUUGAUGAAACGUUUACAGAUGCAGCUGCAGUUUGGAGGGACCUUCUGCCGGCAGCGAAGAAGCUGACAUAAAGAAAACAGGAGGAAACGGGAUCACAAGCCAGGGAGUUCAAACAAAACACAGUUUAGGGGGAAUACAAAUUUAAUCACAGUAUUAAAACACUGCUCCAAGAUAUGAACCAUGUUCUUGUUAGAUUCCCUUUUCAUGUUAACUUGAUUAUGUUUUCCAGUGACUUAGAACCACUAAAGCGUGAAGCUUUUGUAGAGGAGGAAAGGUGUACUGAAAAAGAUCUCUGUUCAACUGUCUUAGGUCGUACACAAUGUCAAAACUGUUCAAAAUUCAAAAGAAUUAAAAUGUCUUAUAAAGUGAAGUCAAAGAGAGGCUGAGAUUAAAAAGUUUUUUCCAGUUAUUUCUCACUUUGUGCAAUAUAUUGAAAUAAAGUAAGAUGGCCCUGAAGGUCUGUGGCAGUGGCCUAUCUAGCAUGUUAGAGGGGAAAAUUUAAUUAUUCAAGAUCAAGAAAAAAGCCCUAUUAAUUUCUUCAUCUUGAAAAGAUAGAUUAUUCCCUUUGGGCCAAAUGGAUGUUCUCACUUUCUUGUCCCUAAGCUCUGUUCGUAUUGACUCUUCUGUUAAUAUAGCUUCUCUGUCUUUUUAAUGUUUGUAUUUUGCUGUGAGGACUGUAACGCACAAGUCAAAUUCUGCCUUUGUGUGCCGGCCACUGGACUCGAUAGGGUACUACAGGAAUCGAACUGAGGCAUUGAGUGUUCUUCCACCCCCUCUGUGAAAUCUGAAAAGCUCGCUUCAGCUUCUGCAGCUUCUCUCCCCUGGCUUUGCCUCCCCACCCGGUGCAUUAGCUAGGGUGUUAGUGGAAAGGGUUUGUUAUUUCAGACACAUACCAUCGCCUGCUGCACUCGCUUCUCCCCUGCACUUGCACAGGGCACGGAGACAACUUCAUACUUUCAUUUGUAUCAGUUACACACAUAGGAUUUAAAUUCAUCCCUUUCUCUGUAUAGACUUUUUUUUUUCUUUUUUGUCAGAUAACUCAGUAAACACUAAAUAGCAAGUGUUACUGCCUUCAGCUGGCACUAAUAUACUACAUCUAUUUUUCUUAAGAAAGUCUCAUUGAGCUAAGCGUGAUGAGGGAGGUGUGUUUUCAGAGCAGUAGCUCUGGUAUUUGUUCUCCAUUUGUGAGUGACGUUAUGCAGUUGAGAAAAACCCAUGCCAGCGUGUUUCAGUUGGUGCCAAAAGAACAUAGACAGCAACUCAGUGCCCAGAUCUAUUGCUGUCCAAAACCGUAUCUUGUCCUAUUUAUACUUUCACAAACGAGGGUCUUGCUUACAAGAGGAGUUAGGUGAAUAUUGUGUUUGUGUGCUAUUUGAUAAUGAGUUUGUCCAGCUGUUUUACAUUCUGUUGUUCUUUUAUUUCAAGCAUUGAAAAUUUAAGGUUUCAAGUGGCAUAGAUAGUUCGUAAUAAUCAAGUCAAAGAAUCCCAGUUUCGUAAAUUACUGUUACUCGUGUUGAGAGUUAACUUCACUGGAAAUACCUGGCUGUCACAAAAUACCUUUGUCUACAAAGCAGGAGAGCUGACCAUUUCUUGCUGUUUAGUACACCUAAACCACAAAUAUUGAUUACUAAACUCUUAAAGACUUAAACUAUGUUUCAGAAAUAAGACUUAUCUGCAGAUUAAAAGAGUAAUUUAAAUUAAAGUGGAAUCAGUUUGGAUCAGGAUUCAAGUUUGGAGUUUACUAAUUGGUAUCAACUAACAGUCCAGUUCUUUUGCGCUUUUUCAUCAACACUUGCCAAGGGGCUGAAAAACUCAAAGAACAAUUAUCAAUCAAAUAUGAAGUAGCAGUUUCAUUAAAGAAAAACAGGAGAAGACAUUUAAAUCUUUCUGAAGGCCUAACAAAAUAGUAUCCUGAUGUCUGGCUGGAGAGAGUGGAAGUUAUGUAGUGGGAGCUCUGAGAUGCCCUUUGUCAAGCACAGAAAUGAGAGCUGGUACUGGAAGUCGUGCACACAGAGGAUCCUCCGCUGGGAAACAGCAGGAAUAAAAAUUCCAUUUGGCUAAUAUGGAUGUAGUGAGAAGUCGAAUUAAUGAACAUUUGUCCAGCUUUCAAAAUUCAGUAAAUACAGUAACUUGAUAUAUCAUAAUUGACCACCGCAAUUUCCUUUUUGUUUCUGCCAUACUAUAAUUUGAAAAGACACUGCAAUACUGGUGCAUAAUUUAUGUGCUUUAGAUGGAGGGCGGGGGUGGCAGGCAAAGUGUUAUUCAGUAAGAGAAAAUAUUCUAGCCAUACUUAUGGCCCGUGCCCCUCCACGAGCAAUCAUGAGCCAGGUUACCCAGCCGGCCCAGAUGAUUUUCCGGGGGGUGGUGUGGAGCCACGGAUGGCGCAGGGCAGAGCAGCCUUCAUCCGUGGGGCUGUGCUGUGGAGCAGAGGGAGACCUAAGCUUUUUCAUACUUCCAUCUAACACAGAUGUCUGACUAUUGCAGAAGUGAGAUUUCAAGGAGGCUAACAAAUAUUUUGCCUGUUACCGUUUGUUUUUUAGACCAGGCUUGCACAAAGGUUAUGAGCAAACAGCAAGAAUUAAGGCUGAAGAAAUAAGAAUUUCCUUAUUUAAAUGAGAACUAUGGUUUUCUGUUGUCUUAAUGAUUAAUGGUCUUAAAAGUAAUAGCUCUUCCUCAGUGGCAGCUCUUUUUUUACUUAUCAAUUUACUUCACUUGUUUGCAAGUAGACGAUAACCCUUUAAAGUAUUUUAAAACUAUUUUUGUGAGCAGUUGGCUGAAAAAGAUCAAAUAUUUAGUUUAAACUCAUUUACAAAUUAACUUAUAAAAGUUUUCACAACAUUUUUCAAGAAAAAGUCUAACUAAGAUUUUUAGAAAUUUUGGAAAAUGGUUAAACUUAGGGCUUGUUUCAGGGAUGGAAAGAAUCUGAUUGCUCUAAUUUUUCAGGAAAGAUCUUUUAAAAUUACUUUCCAGUCAAAGAAAAUACUGCAUGAGACUUCAAAGGACAUUUUACAAAAUUGUAUUUAACCCCUUAGAUUUCCUUAAGGCUUUCUGUGCUCGAUUGUCAUGCCAGGUCCUGGAUCUUUCUAUUUUACAGUGUGAUUACAGUAGAAUUUGAACAGGCCUAAGACCUGACAGACAACCCAUUGAAGUCAGUACCAAUCACCCCACUAACUUUGGUGGACUUUGUUUCAGCAUCUAAAUAAUCUAUUUUACUAGCUCAAAAUUGCAUACUCUGUUUUUGGCCACAGGUAAUAGCUGGAAGAUAAUAUUUUUUCACAUUCAUUGUUUGUGCUGUGGUAAUAUGUGAUAUUUUUAUUUUAUUUUUUUUAAUGAGCAGCCAAAACUCAAGGUGCUGGACAGUGCUGUGCAAGCAUGUAACAUGGUGGUGGCAGUCUUUGCUCAACAAAAUGUCAUGACCGUUAGAUUAAAACCAGUAUAAAAAAAAAAAAUCAACACCUGGACGUUGUGCACAGAGGUACAGAGAGCAGGAGAACUUUUUAAUAGAAAUUUUACUGGUGUGAAUUACACAUCUAAGUUAAUGUGAGGGAAGAAGAGCAUGUGAAGUGAUGAUACAGAGUUGUUCCUAAUAGCUCAGUAAUGAUGAAGUUCCUUAGCAAGCAUAUUACACACAUGCAUAGAGACAACAAACACAGGCAAGUACAUAAAAACAUGGUUUAGAUCUUUUGAAUUUGGCUGAUAUGUUGGAUUUUAUAGUUUGAGGAUGCCAUUUGUAUAAAAGCUUGAGGAGUGAUAUACUAGAUAAAGCUGUAAUGAUAAUACCUAGAUUUUAAGGUUUAUAGCUAAGAGAGUGCCCUUUUUGAACCUUAUGUUAAUACAUUAAAUGUAUUUCUGUGCUUGAUUAAAAAGCCUGAUAUUUCAGGAAAAUUUAUUCCAAUCAACAAAACUGUUGAAGUUUUUGUAGUGUUAGAACAAUGAAUAUUUUUUGUUGUAUCUCAAUAACUAGAAAUGUAUGCAAUCACUACUAUUUUGAAAUAGAUUUAUUAUAAACUACUAAGAAUAAUUUUAUACAGAAAAAAUAAUUAUUAAGCAGUAUUUCUGAAGUAUUGACAUAUGGAACUCCUUCUGCAUGGAACAGGUUGGACUAUGGUAUUUAGGGAAAACUUUGGCAGAAUUUUGUGGGGAAAUCCCUGAAGAAAACCUAGUAUGAUACGUUAAGUAACUUUGAAAGUGACUAUAUAAGUUCUAUUAAUAGGUGGAUUUUGUUGGAUGUAAAAUGGUAACUCAGUAAUUAUAUUUCUUGAGAAUAUGCAUCAGCUAUCUAGAAUUACUUAGGUUGGCAUCCCUCCAUGGUUUUAUACGUAGUUAAAUUAGGGCACAGAUAGUCUCAACUGUGACUGUCAAGAUGUAACUUUGCUCUUACUGUUUCUAAAGAGUUGCAUAUCUAAUUUAUCAUUCAUAUUAAAGACAGUUCUUGUGUCAAUAUUAAAUCUCACCUGUGUAUCUAAAUUCAAUGCUGUGGGGUUUUUUGACUCAUGUCAUCGCCAGUAAUGCAGUGUCUGCAACUGGAAUUUAGCCAAUAACUAUUGAUGACAGAAGGUCCAGAAUAGAACCCGUCUUACUUUCCCAACCAAUAUUAACUCCUGCACCACUGUCAAUUAGGCCAAUUCUGCACUUGGAACUGAACCACUGCAUCUGUUAAUGAUGUAUACACAGAAUCCAGUUAAUUUUCAGCUAUAAUGGUCCUGGCUGCAUAGGAAAAAAGCAAAAGAUUCCCCCCCUCCUCGUAAUCUAAUCAAACUUUGUUUUCAAUAGGCACAAAAAAAUGAUCCGAUAAGAAAGAAAUUGUCAUUUUCUACUGGCAGCAAUAACUUGUAUGACACAUGUGGCCUAGAUGUUUCCUGACAGUAUCAUGGAGUGAGUGGUGAAGUAAGGAAGAAAACAACCAGAAUACUGAUUUCCAGAUCUUUGACCAAAUUUAUACAUCAGCUUCUUAAGUUGAUUUUGGUCCUGCUUAUCUAUUAGUAAUAUCUGUAAAUGUUAUUUUCUUUCCAUUAUGUACAAAUAUGUGCAUAAAAUAAAAAACUUGUAAAGGGAUGUAUAUAUAUUUUAGUAAACAUGUACAGGAUGCUAAAAAUGGCCCCAGAGAGGCCAUGAAGAGAAACAGGGCAAGGAUGUCAGUAUGGUACGAAAAGUGAUCCGUCACACGGUGCCAGCGCUCUGCUUGCACCAGCAACGUGGCAAGAUUUUCAGAUUUUCAGUUGUGUGGCUUUGUGCCUUGCACUGCUUUUGUAUUGAUGACAUUUACACAUUAAACAGUACCUUUACGGAGACUAACUUUCAUUUCAGUUGUGUAAAACUUUGUGUCAAUGCACGUGGAACGAGGUUUACCAGGAUGCUGUGAGCUUUUUCAUAACCCGGCCUUUUUGCUUGCUUUCCUUCCUGUACAAGAAGGUACAGGGGCUUGGGAGCAAACAUAGGUGGAUCGAUAGGUGUUCGUCGUGAAGAAAAAGGCAUCAGCCUUUUUUCUUCAGCAUCUCCGGAGGGACAAGGUACUUCGCGUCCUAUUUUUGGCAAAGGGAGGCCCCGUGUGGCCGGUCGUGAGAACAGCGGCUUGCCGGUGCCUGCCCUCCCUCCUUCAGCUCAACUCUUGUUUUUAGGCAAGCCAAGACGGUCAACAUGGCCACGGUGGUGGGACUUCCUAGCAAUAUUGAUGACAAGAGCAAAGGAAGAAGAAACACCCGAAGCGUGAUGCCAAUGUCCCUGAAAUUCAUAGUGCAAGUACUUGUUCAAGGAAAAAAAAAGAAAAAAAAGGAAAAGAUAAAAACCAGAGGAAAUCCUGCCAUGUGACCUUUUUACCUGCGCAUCCAUCUUUCUGCGCUUCCCCAGGGGAUGCUGUAGACGGUUUCGCGGGCGGUUUCCCCUCAGGAAGGGCCGUCCUCUGAGCAGUGCGGGCGGAGGCUGGGGAGGGGGGCAAGAAGGAAGUGUCCCCCGCACGCCCCGGCCACCCCCUUCUUUUCAUUUCCAAGAGCAGGCCGACGCGGGGCGGGCGCGGCCGCCGCUGCGCACCCGCGCAGGCCGCCUUCCCUCCCCGCAGCGCAGCGUGCCGUGCCGCUCCGUGCCGUGCUCCGCCGGGCAUGGCGCCGCUGGUGCUGUACCACUGGACGCAGUCCUUCUCCUCGCAGAAGGUGCGCUUGGCAAUAGCCGAAAAAGCCCUGAAGUGCGAAGAGCACGAUGUAAACCUGCCGCUGAGCGAGCACAACGAACCAUGGUUCAUGCGCUUGAAUUCCUCCGGAGAAGUACCUGUCCUCAUCCACGGGGAAAACAUCAUUUGUGAGGCAACGCAGAUUAUCGAUUACCUUGAAGCAACGUUUGUAGAUGAGGAAGUACCAAGAUUAAUGCCAGAAGAAGGGAGCAUGUAUUAUCCAAGGGUGCAACACUACAGAGAGCUUUUAGACUCCUUGCCUAUGGAUGCCUACACCCAUGGCUGCAUCCUGCACCCCGAGUUAACAGUGGACUCCAUGAUUCCAGCCUAUGCUACCAGCAGAAUUCGUAGCCAAAUAAGUAACACAGAAUCAGAGUUGAAAAAACUUGCAGAAGAAAAUCCCGACCUUCAAGAUGCCUAUAUAGCAAAGCAGAAGCGCCUUAAAUCUAAACUGCUGGAUCAUGAUAAUAUAAAAUAUCUAAAGAAAAUACUGGAUGAACUGGAAAAAGUUUUGGAUCAGGUUGAGACUGAAUUGCAGCGGCGAAAUGAGGAAACGCCAGAAGAUGAAAAUCAGCCUUGGCUCUGUGGUGAUUUCUUCAGUUUGGCAGAUGUAUCACUUGCCGUCACAUUACAUCGCCUGAAGUUUCUGGGAUUAGCAAGAAGAAACUGGGGAAACGGAAAGCGGCCCAACUUGGAAGCCUAUUAUGAGCGUGUCCUGAAGAGAAAAGCAUUUUACAAAGUUUUAGGACACGUCAACAAUAUAUUAAUCUCGGCCGUUCUGCCAACGGCAUUCCGCGUGGCCAAGAAAAGGGCGCCCAAGGUUCUUGGCACCACCCUGCUGGUCAGCGUGCUGGCAGGAAUGGGUUAUAUUGCUUUCAUGUGUCUUCGGAAGAGGUUUACCAACAUGAUGUUAUCAAUCAGAACCAGGCAAAAUUAUUUUUAGACCCGUCUGUCCCUGGUGGUGAGUGAAGGGCAUCUCUACCCCCCAGGAAUAUAGCCCCAGUAAAAUAUAAACGUAGAAGAAAGGUUAUGUCUGUGAAUUAGAACAUUGUCACACAGUAAUCAUCUCCUGCCGUUGUAUAAUUGGAUUGGCAAUGCCAAGAUAUUUAUGGAACAUAUAUGUUGCGGGGACAAUGAAGGAAAGAAGAGACUUUCUGUUCAGUUGAGGACCUAUAAGGGCUGUGACAGUGCUUUGUUAAAGUGAUUAUUGUCUCCUUUACCCACUAGCUGACCUAAUUAUAAUGCUUUUAUUUAAUAGAUAUGCCGCAAUGUGACAGCUUUUCACUGUGGGUGAAAUGCAUUACUGUGCAGAAACCAGCAUUGCUGAAAUACUGAAAAUAGCACUUACUUUAAAUGCUUGGAGUAGGAUUUAAGUGGAACAUAGGCUGUGGGUCUGUCGUGUACGAGAGUGAGCGUCUCUGUACUGAUUAAUGUCUGUUGAUUUGCAGUUGGACCUUUAGGAAUGUGUUGAAAAGUAGUCUUGUGGAGCCACUUUUGUCACUGUAUAUUCAUGCAGUGGUACAGGAAGAGACCUGAAACAUAUAGGAACAUCAGUGAUUUGCAGGCCACAUGAGUGAAAUUCUCCAGAGGCAUCAGCAAUCAACAGAUGCUGGACUUCUGCUGAAAUACAAAUGGUACUGAAAACCCUGACAUUUGUCUUUUGAAAGCCUUUUGGGUAGCCUUUGGCCCAGCCAGGUGCACAGCUCAGCUGUAAGCACUGGCUGAGUCAAACCAAACUAUCUCGGUGCACAUUUCCUGGUUUCAUUGGGGUGGCUUGAUACGGUUGUCUCCAUAUUAGUGUCCUAGGUACCCUUUCACGUUUCCACUCAGACUGCUACUGUUUUUUGCACACUACUUGGCUCUAUUAGCAAUUGCAUGUGCCUCUAUGAAAUUUUUGCCUGCAAUGUGCCACAGCCAACUAGAAAACAUCUGCACAACAAUGCAUUUUGUAAAAGUAAUUUAAAAUAGGCCACUAUUUUUCAGUCUGGUUAGGUACCCUAUAUUGAAGGUGAAACUAAUUUAGCAAUCUGUUUACUUUUGAAGAGGUGUCGUAUUGGUGGUAAGUGAAAAAUAGGUCAGUUUGGAGACAUGAUUUGUACUGCAGAUUUUUUGCAAAGCUGCACUCUUGUAGUAUGUAGGAAAGGUGUAGAAAAACAUUUUGAUUACUUCCCACUACUCAGCAAAUGCUCAGAGUUUUACUAUGUUUGAACUAAGCUCCCAUUUCAAUGAGAAACACAAUUUACCUGAAAGCAGACUUCGAAUCAUUUUGCAGCAAGAAAGCAUUUGGGAAGGGCUGAAAAUUCUCGUGACAGUUUCGUAAGAUUUUUGUAUUCUUCAUGAAUGUCUGAAAGCCUCAGAGUUUUGUUUACAAGCUGUAGAUAACUGCAACAAACAAGACAUAGCUUUAAAUGUUUGCCUAUCAACAGCCAGCGCUAACAGGCCUAAGUACAUUUUAGAUCCGGUGCUGGUGGCUGUGGUCUCUGCACAAUUGCUUUUGAGCUCCAAGAAGAUCCCCUCUCAAGUUUGCUGGAGAGAACUGAGGCAGUUUCUGUCUGGGCAAUCUCACCAUCUAGCAGAUAUCAAAAUGGAUAAAAUUGUUGAAUACUUCUGCUUAUAAUUUAAUAUUAUGUUAGUUGUCUAGCAAAAGAAGACCUAAAUCUCAUUGCUCCUUUUCAGUAAUAAGAAACAUCUUACCUAGGAAACAAUGCUUUUUUUUUUUUAUUUGUCAAAAAGACAGUUUUAUAUAAUUCUAUUUCAUGACCCAGUUGUUCUCAAGAACUUGUUGAAUUAAAUGUGCUCUAUUUCGGAAAGCUUUAUUAUCCCUAUUAAUGUGCUGGCAGCUUUAACUGAGUUUGUUGUCUGUAUAUUACAGUUCAUCUGCAUUUACUUGUAACGAACAAAUUCCACUAAGUUAAUAAACACAGAGUAGGGUUUGCAACUUAAUGCUUCCCUGGCAUGCAUUUCUGUCAGGCCAUCUGUAAAGUAUAAUCUGAUCAAGUCACAGUAAAAUGCAAUAUAUAUUACUUUUUUAGAAUUAAUUUAUAUUUUACUUUUUCCUUCCUCUUUUUUUUAAUGUGCUAGUUCUAGAUAAAACCACUUAUAUUCCCAGAGGUGCACCAGUUUAGUUCACACGAGCAGCCCUGUGGGCUGUGACACAGGCUAAUUAUUGAUGAAGCAGUUUUACUUCCCCCAAACCCUGGUGAUCUCUGCGCUUCAGCUAGCACUCAUUGCCUGCCAGGAGCUGCAGGUACUGUUGGGGAGGACUGAAAUGACCACCAGAUGUCAGUGGUCCUCCAGGGCUGCAUUUUGUUGUGCCUUGAGAUGUGCAGGAGAACACUAGUUUUCACGAACAAAAUGCUUGUGACCUCAGCAUCAGAUGGAUGGAAGCAUCUUCAUCAGACUAGCGGUCUUUCAAGAGCUUUUGAAACAACUGCUUUGGUCUGCUACAGGUUGGUUCUCUGGUACCUCUCAUUUAUGUUUGUAGUUUUUACACUGGAUAAUUAAGAGGGCAAAGUUGAAAUAAUAUUUCACAUUAAAACGAAUGUCACUGAACAGCAAUUAAACUUGUCAUCUGCAGGAAUAAACAUGGAUAAAACUUUUACUGGGGAAAAGUUUGGAUCCCUGGUUUCAUUAAUGUCUGUUAGUUCACAAAUUUGAUAGCCUACUUAUUUUCACUGCCCUGAAGUACUCUGUGAGACAUCGAUUUCUGUACAGGUGGCAGCAAAAGGCUUAUCCAUGAUUAAAUUCCUCAAAAUAGGAUGAGAUUUAGAAGCACAUAUGCUGUAUAUGUCUCUGUGCAGGAUAGCUUUUGUGUGGUGCUUGUAAAGUUUCUUUUCAGCCUGGCUUAUUUUCUUUGCUCUGGUACCUCUGGACGCUAUUUAGAUUGGAAACACAAGCAAUCUUCUGGUUUUCAUUUACUAUUUGCUCUCGUGUCACACAUCAGAUAUAUUUCAUAUCAUAGCUUUGUAUGUGGGACAUGCACAAUAAACAUCAAUUCUAAGACCA